CGCCUACACCAAAGGCAAACAACGCCAUGGAAGGUCCAACUCAAAAGAAAAGAAGACCAAAUUUCUCAGACGAAGAGAUGUUGGCUUUAAUAGAAGCUGUGGCAACGAAGAAGAAUGUGGUUCUGGGUAAAUCAGAUAACAGAAUAACCGCACAAGUGAAAAAUAACGCCUAGAAGAGUGUGACUUAGGAAGUGAGUCUUGUCGCUCGCGUACCGAGGAAUGUGAAUGUAGGGCGUAGGAAGUUCACAGACCUAAGAGCAGCUUGAAAAAAAGGCAGCACAAGAGGAAAAACACAUGGGAGGAACAGGUGGUGGCCCAGCAGUUCUCACAAACUACACUCCUCUUGAAGAAACUAUUCUGACACUGACUGAGCCUGUUGAUAUUACUGGUUUACUAGGGGUUUAUGAAAAUGAGACAGAAGUUGAUGAUGUUGCAGAACCAACUCCUGGGCCAUCUGGGAUAGCAUCUCUGGUCAUAACAGACUCGAAAGUUGUUGUAACAUUGGAUGAGGGCACUCCAGAGGAGCAAGAAAUGACAAUAUCCAUUGUGUCAAUGGACCACACUUACUCUUCAGAAUUACCUCCUUUUUUAAUAGAAGACAGUGACGCUCAGGAUGGAGGUAGCAGGCAUGGACAUAGCAGAAGAUCAGAAGAAAGGAGAAUUUUGCCUGACAUGCUUCAGAUACAAGCAAAUAUAGAAAUUCACUUGAAACAGCUCGUAAGCUCAGUAAAAGACAUUGCAUCAGCAUUACAAACAAUUGCUGGUGUUAUAAAAGAUAAGGCAUAAUUUCUUAUUUUUAUCAAAUGAUGAAAUAUUUUAGUUUUUCUCCCAUUCAAUUCUAGUCUUAAUCUACCCAUUUAUAGUACACAGUUGAUAUUAAUUUGUGAUAGGCAUUUGUACAUUUAACAAAGUCAUAAUGUUAAGUUAUUGCUUGAGAGACUAAGUCUAAAAUAAGUCUUUAUUUUGGAGUUCCUUUAUUUCUUUAGUACAGACUAAGGCAAAAAUCCAUUAUAUAUUAUUUAUUUUUUGUUCGAACAUAAUGUUUGCACUGAGGUUGUGAAAAUUGUUGUUUGGUUUUAUGAUAUAGGUUAAGACCAUUUUAUCCAGUUUGGAAGAAUCAUAUUUUAAUAGGGAGGGAAUUCAGGAUUUUAUUAUUUUUUUAGGAAAAAAAAUAUUUUCAUUUUUUUCAAAAUUCUGACAGGUGCACUGUUUGGUUUCUGCAUAGGUUAUAUAUUUUCCUUUUAGGUUAAGGAAGUAACAAAUUUUUGUUGUUUACACAUGGCAAUAAUAAAGUUAAACUAUAAUAGUUCCGGUGCUGUCAAUUAAGAUUGAUUUUAUUUGUUGAUACUAAGACAGAGCUGUAUUUAAGUUUGAUUUAUUUUUCUGGUUUUGAUGUUGUAGGCUGAGGAAGAAAGCAAAUAUAUACUUAUUGCUAUUCUAAUAUUUAUGGUUAACAUAGUAAUUAAGCUUUGAGGGACAGCUUUACUCAUAUUUUAAAAAUGUUAUAUUUCUUUAUUUGUAUAUUUAUAUGUCUGAAAUUACUUGCUUCCAAAUAUUUUUGUUUAUUUCACUUCUAAGGCAACCCAACUUUGGUUGUGGUCUGUCUUGUGGUCAUAAAGCACCAUGACAAAAAUAUUUAACUUACAUUUUGUACUUUUGAGCAGUAUUGCUUUGUAUGUAUGUGUAGAUACUUUCAUAUUAUUUUUGUGAUGUAUCAUUAUGGUAUUUUUCUUACCAGUCUUAUAGUUUUAUAAUCACAGUCUGAAAUAAAGUUUUACUUUUUAA